UCCCUCUGGACCUGCGCCUGUAAGAUUUACAUAUCUGGCUAGGAUUUUUUUUCUUUUUUUUCUUUUUUUUCUUUUUUUUUGGGGGGGGGGGUGGGGUGGGGGUGUGGGCAACUGAGUAGUUAAUAGUCUAAAACUCCUUAUAUGGCUAAGAAGAGAAUUUUCUUUAAGUUUUUAUAAUCCCCCCCCCCCCCCACCUCCACCCCGCUAGCUACGGCCCUGUGCACGUAUUCCAAUAAGGCGAGUUAAGAUCUUUUUUUUUCUUUUUUCUUUUUUGAGUGCCCCAUCAUUCCAUACAUACACAUGCACGCACGCGCGUACGAACCACACACACCACAAGCGUCGCAUACUUAUUGUUGAACCACAAUGCUUUGAGUCUAGUCUUCAAAGUUAUACAAACACGGUGUGGAAUCAUGAAUUCCAUUACACCAUAGGCGUAUUAAAAAUGUUAUAGUGGUUUUCAGAAUGUCGCUUGGCACACUUACAUGUAUCAGAUUACCUAACUGUGAACAUAGAUACACACACUUGCAGUUUUCUUCCACCAUACUAUAAGACUGACCCAGGAAACUGGCGUCUUAAUUACCAGCGCGUGUAAUGAAGUCAAUUACCAGACCAACUGAAGGUGAAAUCGAAGUGCUGUUUUCCUGUUUAACAAACCCUAUCGUAAACAGCCCCACACUCGGUUGUUUGAUAACAUGCCGCACAAGUCAUGCUGUAGAACCACACUGGGGUUAUUAAAGACGUUUAUCACGAAAUGAAAUUCCAGAUGCUAUCCACGAUGUCUGGGUAUUUCAAAGUGGCGCUGCUUCUGGUUGGAUUCGAAACAGUUUUGACAAAACCCAUAAAAAAUGACCAGUGUGAAUAUAACGUUGAUCUUGUUGGGAAUACAAUUAAGGUUGUGUGUCAUGGGAAGAAUGCAAGAAUCAGCAUCUAUGCCAACAACGCCGAUAUGAAAACUGGAGCCGAUUAUUUCGAAGACGUCGACGAUAACAGAAACAGAAAUACAUCCACGAAAAAGACGGCGGCUGUUGACACGCCAGCAUCACUAGAACUCCAACGUGAUCACGCACAGCCGGAAAGACCCGACUCAUAUUAUGUCAAACCGGUCGGCCAGACCAUCAGAAAUUCUACAAGAAAAAUGGAAAAACUGAAAAAGAAAUUGUCCAAGCAUGCAAUGGCCAUGGGCAACAUCACGGAGUUGUUGACGUUUGGGGACGAAGGUCUGCGUUCAGAUCUGGAGAUAAUACGCAGGAUGCACCCAAACACACUGAUGGUCAAGGAAGCCAUGUUGGCGGCCAUUAAAAACCAGUACAGUUUCAUGAGGACGGCUAUUCUGACGCAGAACGCAGAGCUUUCUAAGAUGAUGGAAUCUCUGCAGAGUUUGAUUGACGUCAUAAUGAUUGACAUGCGCAGUUACGCCAGGUCAGAGGUGGACCUAGUCCAGCAGAUACGAAACGUCAACCAGACGAUGCUGACAAUGAGGAGGAUGCUGUCCAACGAGUUCAAAAAGUCGAAAAACAAAAUGACUGAUAACCAACGCGGAACAUGUCCACAAGAAAUUUCAGCCAUUGGUCACAUGGACUCAUUUGAUACCGGAUACGAGAAGGGAGCCUUUAUGAAGGACGCGGCCAGCAAACAUGACAGAGUUUAUGUCAUGAAUGGCGCCAAUUUGAAUGAUCGUCUGCUCGAAUUUGACACUGAGCUGGACCUGGAGUAUGAACUGAUGUUAAGGACGCAUGACCUUCCUUUCCAGUGUCAGGGAACUGGACAUGUGGUGUAUCGAGGAUAUUUGUUCUGUCAGACAGCAAGAUCACCUAAAAUCGUGAAAUAUCACCUCAAGAGGAUGGAGCGCAGCGGAGUGUUAAACUUAGAAAACGCGGGAAUCGGCAAUACCUACCCAUAUCAGUUUGGGGAUUUCAGUGACGUGGAUUUGGCUGUCGAUGAAAACGGAUUGUGGGUUAUUUAUGCCACUCCAGACUCCGCCGGAAAAAUCAUUAUCAGCAAACUGAACGACGAAAAGAUGGAAAUUGAAAAAACGUGGUUAACGAGUUUCCCUAAAGGUGUCGCCUGUAACACGUUUAUGGUGUGUGGAGUGCUGUACGCUGCGUCUAUUUCUGACAAAUAUCGCAUGUUCAUCCGGUAUGUGUUUGAUACGAACACGCUCAAAGACGCGGUUUUCAAUGACGGUCGUCUGGUUUUUCCGGCAGACGGCAACGUGACGUAUGCUGAGAGCGUUAUGUUGGACUAUGAUUCCAAGGACGGGCGCUUGUAUUCGUGGAAUAACAGAAGGGUUGACGUUUAUCAGGUUUAUCUUAAAACGGUACGAAAGCCGUGAAAUGUGGUGUCUUGUAACACGAAGCAAAACUGUGUUGGGAAUUGGGUCUACAAAAUAAAGUUUAAAAUUCAG